AUGCCUGUGUGUGUCGGGGCAACCGCCAUGCAGAGGAUGGCCCACCCUGACGGAGAGACCGCCACCGCCAGAGGUACACACACACACGGCUGCUUCUAGCCUCUUGUGUAUACUGUAUGUGUGUAAUAAAGCUCCAUCUCCCAGCAACUCGAGCGGCGGGGACGGGGAUGAUGCUGAGUUCCUGGGCCACCUCCACCAUAGAGGAAGUGAGGUCAUCAGCUGGCAACGGCCUGCUCUGGAUGCAGGUGGAGUACCGCUAGAUAUAGGUUUUGAUUACAUCACAGUUAACAUCACUGGUCUGGUGAACAUCUAUGACGUAUAUGUAAUCUGUACAGCUGUACAUCUAUAAGGACCGCGACCUCACCCUGUCAUUGGUGCGCCGGGCUGAAGAGGCGGGGUAUAAGGCCAUCUUUGUUACCGUGGAUACGCCCUACCUCGGAAAGAGACGAGAUGACGUGCGCAACCGCUUUAAACUUCCCCCUCACCUGAAGUAGGAACCAAAAACACACUCAUCACCUCACCAUAUUUACAGACACACACAAAUGCUUCAUCAAAUAAUCUAUUGUUUAAACGUACCUCUUAUUUUGGUGUUUGUGUUGUGUGCGUGUGUAGGAUGACUAACUUUGGUUCGGCAGAGCUGGCGUUCUCCAGUGCUGAGGGUUAUGGUGAGGACAGUGGACUGGCUGUGUAUGUCGCUCAGGCUAUCGACCCUACUCUCUGCUGGGAACACAUUGCUUGGCUGAAGAAAAACACACACCUCCCUGUGGUCGUCAAAGGUGUCCUGAGAGGUGACACACAACACACAGUACACACCACAUAAUGAUAAGGCGGGUUUAAGUUUCAUGGCAGAGAAGUCGUAACAUGUCUAUACAUCUAUAUCUCCCCUUCAGCUGAGGAUGCGUCAGAAGCACUUAACCACGGUGUAGAUGGGAUCCUGGUGUCUAACCAUGGAGCAAGGCAGCUAGACGGGGUCCCAGCUACAGUGAGGGAGCCCAACACACACACUCUUCAGUAAUGUUUCAUUUCUUGGCCUGUGACGUGUGUUAUGUGUCUGUGUGUAGCUGGAUGUGCUGUCUGAGGUGGUGUCAGCAGUAGCAGGGAGGUGUGAGGUGUACCUGGACGGAGGGGUGCGGAGGGGGACAGACGUCCUGAAGGCCUUAGCUCUGGGGGCUACCGCUGUCUUCCUCGGACGACCUGUACUCUGGGGGCUCGCCUGCCAGGUACGACUGUGUGUGUGUGCAAAUAAUGCCCAUUGCAAUGACUGUGGGGUUGUUUUACCUACUGCUAAAUAACUAAAAUGUCAAAACAUGUGUUUGCAGGGGGAGCAGGGUGUCAGCGAUGUUCUGGAGCUCAUGAGAGAUGAGCUACACCUGGCGAUGGCCCUGGCAGGUAACCAUGGUGACCACUAUCCAUGGCUAAUUAACCUACUCUGGCCCCUUCCUCACCUCCUCUCAUUGCCUUUCCUCCUUGUCUACUAAUUCUCGCCCUCAGUUCAGAGGUAAAGGUUGAACCGUGUGUUUUCUGUCUGCAGGAUGUUGUUCGCUGGUGGAGGUUAACAGAUCCCUCGUCAGAAGACCUGAAUUCACCUCCAGAAUCUGA